CGGCGCUUGCGCAAUAUUGUUUACAUACAUACAUUCCUGUAAUGUCACAUUUAUAAAUAUAUAUUUACUUUGGAAAUGCCUGUCAUAAAGUCAUCCAAGGAGGAUAAAAACAAGGAGAUUAUAAACAUGGCUGAUAUUAACAAAGACGCAAAAUCAUAUAUUGAAAAAAUUUUAGGAGAUGUUAGUAAGACUUCAGCUACCAAGCAAAUUGUUCUAGGGGCUUCCUCAGGAUGGGUAACAGGUUUUUUGGCUAUGCGAGUAGGUAAAACAGCUGCCCUAGCUUUGGGAGGUGGUAUAAUAUUACUACAAAUUGCUAAUGAGAAGGGGUUUAUAAACAUAAAUUGGGAUAAAGUGAACAAGAAACUUGAUAAGGUUGCAGAUAAAGUGGAAGAAAAAGUAACAGGCCAAGGGGCUUCCUGGAUGGACAAGGUCAUGAAUUUUGCUAGAACUAACACGCCAUUUUCUGCAGGCUUCACUGGUGGUUUUUUGAUUGGUUUGGCUUCACAUUAGAUAUUAUUAUGUACAUAUAUUUUAAGCUAUUUAAUAAAUUA